GAGAGUCCCAAUAAGGUCCCAAGAGAAACCCAAGAGGGCCCAAUAACCAUUUUUGGCUCAAGAACCGCCGGCCCAAAGUAGCUGGCGCGGCGCGCGCCUCCGCGCACCCGUGGGCUCUUGUGCUUGGCCGGUGCGUGUGCAGGACCGGCGCGGCGGGAUGGGCCGAGACAGGCGGUCUCCGCGCCCAGACGCCGCAGGCAGCGCGGGGCGCUCUCCGCGCUCUCCGCGCCCAGACGCCGCAGGCAGCUCGAGGUCCUCGCGAUCCUCCAGGAGCUCAUCUCCGGCCCCACGCCUGAGGCCGGCGACCACGCAAGGCAGCAUGCUGCAGUUCGUUUCGGACGCCGUGGGCGGCCUCGGCGAGGGCGGCGGCCUCACCGCGGCCGAGGAGUCGGCCGCCUACAAUGCGCUCGACAACGUGGAGAGGCGAGCGGCCGGACAGGAACCUCCAGGCAAGCAACGCGGCCAUCGAGGCGCACGUCGGGGCGCUGUCCGACCGGGUGGCCAAGAUGGAGAGGAGCGUGCACAAUUCCCAGGCGUGGCACCCCGCGGCGGACGCCGGCGCCACGCGGGCGCCGUCGACGGACGAGGACAUGGGGUCCUUGCCCGCCGUGCCCGAGGAGGGCGACGACUACGGCGCCGAGGCGGAGACGGAUCCCGAUAGGCAGCAGGCCGCGUACGCUGAUUUCCUUGACCUGACCCAGAGGAACAUCAACUGCGUCGGUGUGCACGCCUGGGGCAUGUCCGCCGCCACGCGGCAGGGCGCCACGUGCUGCGGCAGGUGCUGCGCCCUGGUGCCGUCUGCCCUGCUCCUGCUGCUCCAGGCCAUCGUGCUCCACUCCGUCAGCCUCGAGGCCCUGAACCCCACCUGCGUCCGCAACGAGGACUGCCCUUCGGGCACCUGGUGCUCGCCCAGCUGGAGCCUCGGCGGCUACGAGGCCCUGCCGGGCACGUGCGACGCCUGCUUGUGGGCCACGCAGCUCCACGAGACCAGCAGUGCGACUGCUACCAGCACCGCAUCUUUGAGCAGCACGACGGAGAGCAGCAGCACGACUCCGACUUCUUCAAGUCAGACCAGCAGUGCGUCGAGCACCAUUUCAGAGAGCAGCACGACUGCUACCAGCACCGCAGCUUUGAGCAGCACCACGGAGAGCAGCACCACGCCAGCACCGACACCAUUGCCAGCACCGACACCAUUAUUCCUUCCUUGGGUGGUACAAAACUCGACGGUACAAGGCCCGACGCAAGCGCCGACAUGGGCGCCGACGCCACCAGCAUCGUCAGUACUGCCGAUGGUGGCACAAGGCCGAAGAGGGCUCGACGUGGCCCUGGACGCGGCGCAGGUCCCGAUACACUACGCGGCCCUCCCCGUGCGGCUCGGCCCGGGCGCCUACGAGGAGCUCUCCUACGCCGGUCUUUCCGCUGCCGUGGAACACUGCGCCGCGCACGCGGUGGACAGGUGCGACUUCAUCUGGGACUUCAAAGACUCGCUGACCCUGGGCACGGUCAUGGUCUUCGUCUUCGUGCUCCUGCUCCUGCUCUUCUCCAUCGUCCAGGACCUGGACAAGGCCGGGCAUACGCUAGACGUGUUUGAGUACCGCCUUCAGGGCUGCGACCCGGUCAUCAGGAUGUUGGUCACCGCCGUGGCCUCGAUGAACUUCAACACAAGGAGAUUCGUCCUCCCGGGCAUUGUCGUGUACGCCUACUGUGCCCUCGUACUGGCCGGCCCCGCGACCCCAGGGUUUCCGCAGCCCGUGCAUUUUCUUUUCUGCGGGGUCUUUGUCGGCGUGAUCUACCACGCCGAGAGGUUCUGCACCACGGUGUUCCUUAGCAAGGGGGCCGUAAAGCUCACCCGCGAGGCGUUCGCGGACGAGGCGGCACGGGACGCCAUCGAGCGAGUCAAGGGCCCGCUGCACGCGCGGGCGCUGGCGUUUUGGGACCACCGCUUCUACGCCAUGUGCCUCGGAGCGUUCUCGUUCCUCGUGGUGGUGUUCACCGAAACGUUCAUGGACGCCGUGCCUCUGUUAGAUGUCCCAAGAAUCUUCAAUGCUGGCAUAUUCAAGGAAGUGCCCGGAGACGCCAACAAUUGCACCAACGUCGUUAUCAUGCUCGCCGUCUCAUCGACAAUUGCUGUGUUGUGUUACACUUUUGUCUGGACCUGUGCUUACCUGUUGACGACCAGUUGUUGCCGUUGCAGUUUGGGUGUGAUCCUCGCGCCGUUAAAUUGCAUUAUGUGGAAUGUUGCUCUUUGGAUGGCACUGUGGACGGUGGCGUACGCGCCCGUGCUCAAACCCACAUGAUGACCGGCGCCCUCCGUCAAGCAUCCAAUUAUAUGUUUUGUAGCUCUCUCGUCUCUCUCUCUCUCUCUCGUAUCCUCCCGUCCACCUUGGCGCCUUCACGACUGGCCAGGACAAUAUUCCCGGCACGUUCUGAGUAUCCAGAUGUCUGCGGCUAACCCCGCCACCGCGCCUUCGCUGCAAUAAAACACGUGCAGGCUCGCUCUGCCCAUCUCUCCCGACGGGAUUUUGGCGGCCUCUUGGGGCGAUGCUGGGUGCUCCUGAAGGCCUGCCGUGCCAAUUUGAAUGAUUCUACAGGCUUACGCCACAUCCGCCGACCCCUUCUGUGACCGUUGCGAGGCCAGGAGUUUCUGGCCAGCGGCGUCUUGUGUGAGGGUGCGGUGUCGCGCGCGG